CAUUAUUAUUAUUAAUAAUAUUAUUUUUCUAAUACUACUGGAACCCUUAGCUGAUUUUACGUUUUUUUUUCAUUGUCACCCUAUUAACGGUAACUUUGUGGCGAAUAGUUUACGGUUUUUAUUAUUAUUAGCUAUUUUUUGUGUACUCUCCGUGGCCGUUCACGACGUUCCACACGAAUUGCCGCCGGAACAGUUUACUCUAAUCUUCAUGCCAUCCACGAUCGUUUGUAAUCAAAUUUUAAUAUCAUUCGUGUAACAAUUAUGUGACUAACAAAAACACUAUUUUACCUACCCGCGUUUGUCUCUUUCACUAGCUGUACUUAGCAAUGUGACAUUGUUGUUUACUCAACACCGGUCUCUCGUUUUGUUAUAUUUAUCAAUAAUUUGAAAUAUGCAGGAGGAUAUGAUAUAUCCGGCUGGUUGCCGUCCAGUUACUGAUGAUUUAGGUCCAGAUGAACUUAUUCGGCGAUUGAAAACUUUAGCUCAUACGCUUCAAGCAAUGGGUCAAGAUGAAGGCAUGUAUCAACAGUAUAUACCACUGACUUUACAUUUAGCUGAAGAUUAUUUUCUAAAACAUAUUAGUAAAGAUGUACAGCUGUUAAUAGCUUGUUGUAUUGCUGAUGUUCUUAGAGUCUAUGCUCCUGAUGCUCCGUACAAAGAUCCAGAACAAGUCAAAGGUAUAUUUAUGUUCCUAAUAAAACAACUUGCAGGAUUAAAAGAUCCUAAAGAUCCAGCAUUUAAACGAUAUUUUUAUCUUUUGGAAAAUCUUGCUUAUGUUAAGUCUUUUAAUAUGUGCUUUGAAUUAGAAGACUGUCAAGAGAUAUUUUGUAAACUAUUUUCACUGAUGUUUAAAAUUGUCAAUGAUGAACAUUCAACCAAAGUUAAAUCAUUCAUGUUGGAUAUAUUGUGUCCCCUUAUCUGUGAAUCUGAUAUGGUAGCCAGUGAACUACUUGACAUUAUAUUAAUAAAUAUUGUUGAGCCCAAUAAAUCACAAAGAAGAAAUGCUUACUCAUUAGCAAAAGAUCUUAUCCUCAAAUGCUCAAAUACUUUAGAGCCUUACAUUCAAUCGUUUUUUAAUCAUGUUUUAAUAUUGGGCAAAAACGAAAAAAAUUUAGCUAUAAGCACAAAGACUUACGAUCUCAUUUAUGAAUUGAAUAGAAUUAGUCCAUCUGUACUGUUAGCAGUACUUCCACAACUUGAAUGCAAAUUGAAGUCAACAGUUGAACAGGAACGCCAUGGCACUGUAUCUCUUUUAGCUCGCAUGUUUUCUGAAAGAGAAUCUAAUCUGGCUAAGCAUCAUAGUGUUUUAUGGCAAGCAUUUCUUAGUCGAUUUAAUGAUAUAUCUGUUAGCAUUCGUAUUAAAUGUGUUCAGUAUGCAAUGCAUUUACUUUUAAAUCAACCUACUCUUCGCCAAGAUCUGACAGAAGCAUUAAGCUUAAGAAGUUCUGAUAGUGAUAUGAAUGUACGCCAUGAAACUGUAAUGGCUAUUGUAUCUACAGCUAAACAUGAUUUUGAACCAAUUGCAGACCAUGAAGAAUUGCUCUUAGUUGUUAAGCAAAGAAUGUGUGACAAGAAGUUCAAAAUUAGAAAAGAAGCUACAUCUGGUCUAGCAUUUAUAUACAAAACAUACUUGAAUGAUCCUGAUGUUCCUCAAGCUACAAAAAAAGCAUUUACAUGGAUCAAAGAUAAAAUUUUACAUGGUUAUUAUAGAACUUGUGUUGAAGAUAAAUCAUUAGUCGAAAGACUUGUGAAUACUUCUUUAGUACCUUAUCAACUUCCACCUGAAGAGAGAAUGAAGAGACUUUAUCAUUUGUAUGGUACUAUUGAUGAUUAUGCAAAAAAAUCAUUUAUGGAGAUACAAAAAACUCAAUUAUUAAUACGUUCACACUUGAAAGAUUUUCUUGAUAAUCAUAAAAAAGAAGAUAGUCCACAAAGAGAUAGAGAAAUUCAGGCCAGUAUAAAAUUAUUGACACGAUAUUUACCAGAAUCGGUUAAAGCAGCAGAGUUUAUAGGAAAAUUUUCACAACACUUAAUUAAAGAUUCUUCACUUUUAAGUUCUAUGGAUACAAUUGCAAAGCAGAAUUCAAGUACUGCUGAAAUAUCUGAAGCAACUAAUUUAGUAUUGCGAAAACUUGGGCAACCUGUUAUGACAAAUCUAUAUUAUAACACUGUAAAAGCACUUCUGGAAAGAGCUUCAUCUGUUAUGAUUGACUCUCAGGCAUUAAAGGCAUUAUUUAACCAUGUAGAAAACUGUUUGAGUGGUGGUAACAUGAUUGAAGAACUUGGUUUACAUCCAGGAACUGCUGGUUACAGAGGACUUGAACUUCUUAAUGUAUUGUCAAAUACGUUUGCCUGUCACUUUUACCAUCCUGAUAUUUUAGAUAAAUUAUUAGAUCUUUCACAUCAUGAUGAUGAAUACAUUGCUCCUCAAGUUCUGACUAUGUUGACUACAAUUGGCAAAUAUAGUGCACUUGGUAAAUUUGUCAACUCAAAUAUUUUUUAUUAUAUUUAUAUUUAUAUUAUUAUAGGUGAUUCGUAUCCGGAAUUUACUGAAAAAUUAAUUCCAAUAUGUAAAAAACUGGCAGUUAGUGGUACUCCAAAACAAGCUAAAGGAGCUAUACGAUGUUUAUAUGUAAAUGUAUAUAAAUCCAAAAAUGAUAUUUUUGAUGAUAUUGUGGAGAAAACUAAAAUGAAUUUGGAACCAGAUUCUGAUCAUUAUGAAACUGCUAUUGUAGCUCUUGGGCACUUAGCUAUUAAUGUAGCUGAAAAAUACAAUGUUCAUUUCAAAAAUAUGAUUUCUCGAAAGGUAAGAUAAUGAAUAAAUACUCUAAUUUUCUAAAAGUCAUCAAUUUAUUAUUUAAUUUAAAACCUAUGGCUAUAGUUAUAAAAAAAGAUCCAGGAGCUAAUUGAUUAGUCAGUCAUAUGUCAAAAAUUAUA